UAUUUUCUCUCUCCUUUGGAUUUCAAAUCAUGAUCCUUUCUGCUGCAAAGAAAACUCCACCUACUCCGAGCUCACAGAUGCUAAUGUACUCUAACACUGACAGUGCUAGCUUUUCUCUCACAGAUCCAGUCCCGAACAAAUACAGCAGGCUGGUGGGGAAAGAUGGGCUGUUUGCCUUAGGAAGAAGCGUGUUGAUGUUCCAUUAUCUUCUAUUCUCCUGCAUGGUUUUCACAGCCGAGGAUUAAGAAACGCACACAUUGGAUUUCUAAUCAUAAAGGAUGCUGAAGUCCCUCUUCUCUCUUGUCGAUUCCAGGGGAAGGACUAAUGUACUUUCUUACUAUUAAAGAUAUCUGCCUAAGAAACAGUCUUCAGCCUCUGGAGGCAUGAUUUCCUAACUGAUGUAGCUCCAUGGACACUAACCUCCUUGUGGAUUUGAGUAUCUGUAGCUUUUUGCUGUAAAUUGUAAAGAAGGAACAAACAGAAAAAAAAACACCUUCUUUCAGUCUCUGUGGUUUUCUGAGUUGCAUGGAGCAGUGAUUUUUUUGGGGGGCAUCUGAUAAAGAGUUUGAUGACCUUAACUCCAUUGAAGUAUUAAAGGGUUUCAGCUUGACCCAAAAAAGAAGGUUACCACCAACAGAAAAAUACGAGGUGGAUCGUGUUAACAAGAACCACAUCCCGGGCCGGAAGAUGUCUUCAUGCGGCGGCCGCCCCCGUGCUGUCUGAGCGCCUUGUCGACUCUGCAUGCGAAGGACGGAGCAGGAGUGCGCACAGAGUUUGGCUGUGAACUCAAAUGCAUCCUCCCCAGGAUUGUGGAAAGCCCAGAAGCCUCAAAGAUGACCCAGGAACAGUACACUCAUAGAAACAAUGUCCAGAGCUCGGAAGAACCUCAUGUGUACAAAGUGGGGAUUUACGGAUGGAGAAAACGCUGCCUUUACUUCUUCGUUCUCCUCCUUAUGAUUUUAAUCCUGGUCAACCUCGCUCUGACAAUAUGGAUCCUCAAAGUCAUGAACUUCACGAUAGAUGGAAUGGGUCAUCUACGAAUCACUGACAAGGGUCUAAAACUAGAGGGAGAUUCCGAGUUCCUACAGCCUCUCUAUGCCAAAGAAAUUCAGUCAAGACCAGGUAGCCCACUGUUCCUCCAAUCCUCCAAAAACGUUUCCAUAAACAUCCUCAAUGGAAAAAACCAGGUUGUAACACAGCUUCUCACAGGCUCCAGUGGGGUGGAAGCAAGGAGCAAGAUGCUGGAAGUGAAGUCCAAUGCUGGGAAGCUCCUGUUCUCUGCUGAUGACCAGGAAAUCGUCAUCGGUGCUGAAAGGCUGCGAGUUCUAGGUGCUGAAGGCGCCGUAUUCAGUAACUCCGUAGAAACCCCUCAAGUCAGAGCAGACCCCUUUAAGGAGCUCAGGCUAGAAUCUCCAACGCGCUCUCUGUAUAUGGAGGCUCCGAAGGGUGUCCAUAUUUUAGCUGAAGCAGGAAACAUCCAGGCGACCUGCAGAAGCGAGAUGAGACUGGAGUCUAAGGAUGGAGAGAUAACACUAGAUGCUGGCAAAAUCAGGUUGCCUAAGCUUCCCCAGGGGACGUACUCUGCCGCUGGUACAAGGCAAAAGGUUUAUGAGCUCUGUGUGUGUCCAAACGGGAAGCUGUUCUUGUCUCAAGCUGGGACUGGCUCCACCUGCCAGAUAAGUACCAGCGUCUGCCUCUAGAGACCAAGCAACCAACGACACAGACAUAAUGGAGGCCUAGUGUGGCUCCAAGGUGGCUUCAUAUGAAAAACAGCAGAGAAAUUCUCCUGAAAGAUAAAAAGACUCACAGAAACCAGCCCUGUGACGGGCAUUCUGUUUGACAGCUUUUAUCAACUGCUUUGAAGACUGUUUCAGUACAAGACUGACUAGGGUGAUCACCUUUAAGUGGAAUUCCUAAAAAUAUGUCCCCUCUACCUGGCCCCUGUACCCCCACCUCCUCCCUCCUCUCCCCCAGUUCCAGGGUCGAAGCUUUACUGUUGACUGUAUGCCUCACCUGUUGCAGUACACAGCAUUUCACUGUGGUUCUGGCAAGAGGGCAAAAGUGUGACCGAUGUUGAAAACAGAGGCAGGUCAAAGACUGGAGACGAUCCAGAGUGACAGGAUAUUCUUUUUUCAUUAAUACCCUCCAAAAAAAUAAGUUUAUUAAAAUAUGAAAAACUACUGCAUAUGUUUUAGCUGCAUUUUAUACACAGCUGUUGCUGGGAUCAGAAAUUGCUGCAGAGCAAGAAUGGAGCAAUAACUGUAACUUCAUUCUGACUCCUGCUCAAGUGGCAGAAAUAGUCCAGCUCCCAGAAACCGUCACUCAGAAACUAAAGCAGGGAGCCACGUUUUCCUAGACAAAGUGAUUUUCCAUCGUUUUAUUUAAUGAGACAGUAUGUGCCCUUACUGCUGGACAUAAAUAUUUGAAACUAAAAGAGAGGUUGCCAAAAAAUAAACAUUUUGAUAACACUCUGUUAUUUUUUGUACAUAUGUUUCCAGUUUUUGACAGAGACAUUGUCUCUUUUGUGAGUGAUAGAACAUACCUGCAACCUUCGAAUCAACAUGGAUGAAGCCUGGAGUGUCAAAAAGACCAUAAUACAUCGGUCUAUUGACCUCUAGCAGAAAUUAUUUGUUGAAGAGUCCUAGUUCAGAUAAAAGGAAACACUCCUUUAUUUUAAUACAGCCAUUGGUCUAAUUUUCUCAAAAUGGCCCAUACUUCUUUUUCAGAACAUUUGUAAGUGAAUUUUCAUUCUAACCAAAAACCUAAAAUUCUUAUCGCCCAUACAGUUUAUGCUAAUUGACAACAAUUUAAUUAAAUGGUAAAUCAAGUUUAUGGUACACAGUGUCCUGGUGUAUAGUUUUACAUAAACACAAACAAAUUAUUUUGUUCUCAGGAGUGAAAUAAAAAAACAUUUGUCAUGUACUGUAGUAAAAACUUAUUAAGAAUGGAAGAUAUGGCUUUUUGUUACUAUAAAAUCAUCAGGCGAAUCAAGCUUAAUGGGCAGAGGAACUUCACUUUGUUUGGUCCGAAUUGGUGUGUCUUGGUCAUUUGCAGUAUGUUUGUUCUAGUGAUAGAUGUACUGUGUAGCGCACAAUGCAGAAAGAAUUAUUAUGAUUCAUUGUUUUAUGUAGGUGGUCACCCUACCAAUUACUAGUACUGGGACAAAGAAAUGACACCCACUCUGUUCAAGGAGGGGAACUGUGCCUAAGCCUUAAUCCGAUGCACUUGUGGCAAGGAAAAGCACAUUGCUGAAUUUUUUCAAAGACGUGUGUGUUUUGUUUUUCUUAUGUGAUAAAUAGUGGGAAUGCAAAGAUUUUAAUCAAGCCUAAACUGCAAAUAAAUUCUACAAAACGCUUUCUAUAUAGUCAUAAAGGCUUUUACGAAACAUUGGCAAAACAAUCUUAAACACAGUAAGGGCCAAUUUUCCCUGUGGGCACCUAAUUCAUUCAAUACGGAGAGGGGUGUUUACCCACAGCAACGUUUGUCAGAGCCCACAGUUCGAGGCAGACGUUUAGGGGUGUUUUCUCUUGAGGAAAAAAGAUAAUUAACUGUUGUACGGUACUGUUCAACUGUAAUUAAUAACAUUCAAUGCAUAAUAUCUUUAUGUUUUUAUCAUUAAAAAAAUAAAAACAUUGCAUUCAGUUUUUAAAUAAGACACAAUACCACACGUAUUUUGAAAAUACAAAGCAGAAGAAUCAAAGACAAGACAAAAAUACAGGACAAGGUCUAGUCCUAAGGGGCAUGUACAGUGCUUUAUAUUAUUGUUGUUGAAAUUAAUUCAUUUUGCUCAUUUUUGUGAAAUGGUCAUUCCUUCAAAUGGAGCAGUAAACAUGAAAGCUAAAGUCUGUCUGUAUUUUGCAGUUUUUGAAUGAAAGUCUUUGCAUUCCCAGGGUGAGACUGUGUGAAAUGGGUUCAUUAAGAGUUUGAUUUUCAUGUUUUUGUUCGGCUUUAAGUUCAUAGCAACAGAGUCACAGACCAAAUUACUGGAGGGGCUUUCAUUACCUUUAAAGAAUUAAUUAAGCAGGAAUCCCAAUCCGUCCUGGAGAGUUUAUAAUAAUUACUGUUUGUUGCUCUUUUGUCAUAUAUGUAUGUACAGUAUAUCUUGAUUACAUGAUGUAAUGAGUUUUCUCCCAGAGUCUCACCUGAUUAGAUAUUAUUUAGGAUUCAGUACUGUAUAUUGUGUGAAGGAUGAAAAAAUACUCCUAGAUUGAACAUGUUAUCAAACACAAUUAUCAUUUGAUCUGAAAUAGAUUUAAAAAUCUCUGUGCAAAAGUGGUGAAUGGGUGUUUGUUGUACCUGCCCAGGAGGUAUGUGUAUGUGUCUGCAGUACCUUCACAAUCAAAAACAAUUGGAGCCCUAGUUUGGUUUGGCAGAUCUCAGCACGGAAAAUUCAAUCAGUUCAGGGAAAACACUCCACUCGUCCAUGUUCUGCUCCUUAUAGCCUUGUAAUGGCUCAUUUUAUCCAGGCCUCCAACAGUGGCUGCAUUUACCUCAGUACAUGAGGUUUAUUUGCUAAGUACUGCAGCCACUUCCCAGCAGAAGGGCUGCAAUACUGUGCGAAUGUACAGUACCAAAGCAUCUUAUUGUUUCUGCAGUCUGGAGUCAUAUCAGAUCCAACACUGCAGCUCCAAAUUCCAUAAGAGGGAAUAAAAAGCAGGGCCACAAGAGCCAGGAAUGCGCAAAGCACUUGUGAAGUUUCACAUUAGUCAUCUUCACAAAAUACAUAGAAUCCUAGAUCAGGCUGCAGUAUUUCAGUCCAUUAUGCUUCGUCAUCUGUGAUGCUGACACAGUAAAAGAUCAUAUUCUGAAGAGGUAAUGACCCAGAAAGAUUUGCCAAGGAGUGGAACACCCACAUUUUCAAAUUUGCGUUGAUUUCAUGGUGAUGAAUACACAAUGGUGUACAGGAAUAAAUUCUGUAGUUCACCUAUUUUAUAUGUACUAAGAAAUAAAUAGCAGGUUUUGAGGUAUUUUAAUAAAUAGGUCCGUGUUCUAAGAACAGAACAUGAACAGAAUUCGUUUAACUGUUUCUAUGCUUAAAAUGAAAAUGUAAAAAAAAAAUAUUGAAAUGGCACAUUUUAUGUGCAAAAGCAAUGGAGUUGGCAAGUUGCACAUAGAAGUCUGAAAUAGCAAAAAAACUGAUUCUUACGUUAUGCGGGCCCAAAUCUUUGGGUCCAUUCACUUCACUCACUUAUCCACUAAAUUGUUUAAUCAGCAACACUGAAGGACAAUUUGCAAUUAUCUAGGUAAGUCCAUAAAUUUGGCCAACUUAUCAAGAUUAAGACUGGAGUCUGCUGAAAGAUUCAUCAUUGCUCUUCACGGCUAAUUGCGUAGCAGCAGAGAGAAAAUCUGAAAGGGGCUUGAAAACCCAUUUAUCUCCACUAAAGCUGCAAAUAAUGGAUUUGUUUGUCCAGUUCAUAAUGAUUUGUGAGCACAGUACAGUUCACAGCUGCAAAGAGUUUUCUUGUGCUUGUCAAACAACUCAAGGAAACUCAAGAUUUGUGCUUAAGGAUUCUGGAUGUUAACAUACAGUAAGACAAUGCUAUAACAGUUAUGAGUUUGACCCCAAUAAAUUUAAUUCUAGGAAUAUUUUCAUAGCAGCUCUGAUACCGUUCCUGUGGCAUUCUGUAUUUUUAUUAUUAAAGGCAUAUAACACCUACCAUAAUCUCUGCAUGUCCUAUCACAGUGAACGAUUUACAUCUAGUCAGAAGAUGACAUAGAAAUUGCGCAGUCAUUAGAAAAAGUCAUGUGGAACCAAAAAUUAAUGUAUUUCAAAGAAGAUUCCUAGCCUAAUUAAGCUCUGGAGAAAAAUGAUUGUUAUUACUGCCUAAUGUAAGGCCCAGCUAUCUUGUCUGAGGGUCAGGCGGAACAGAACAAGGUUUGAGACUGAGUUGGCACAUAUCUUCAUAAAUCUCACGAGAGUUGACUCUUAAAAUCGUUUCUUGCCAAUGAUAUGGUCCUCGUCUUGUGACUUGUCAGUAUUUUCUGUCUGAUACAAUUCUAUAUCCUUCUAGAACAUUUUGCUCCAGAUGUCGUAUUAGAUGCUACAACCACUACAAAUCAGCUUUGAAGUCCCAAUCCAUACCAUUAAAAUGAUAUUUUAUUAAAAAGCAAAAAAGCAGUACAUAGUAAAUUUCGUUUCCAAAGAAUUAAUUUGUGAUUUGCUGUAAUUCUGAUUUGCUGAAGUACAAAAAAUCAGAUUCUAAGAACCCAUUAAUAUAUUGUGACAUACAGUACUAAUGGACUUACUAUUGACAUAUUAAUGGAAUAACAUCACAAACAGAUGCUAUAUAGACAUCAUUACAGGUACCAUGUUAAUACAGGUCAGUAAAUAGGCUGUGGAUAGAUCCCUCCAGUGAAAUAAAUUAAAUGAAGUGGACUCGAUACAAACCUUUGUGUGACCUCUUUGCUACAGUUAUAGGGUUUUUGAAAACUUUUUUUAUUUGCAUUAUUAAACUCCGUGGGUGCAAACAGAAGACAUUUCAUAUAGAACUUUGCAAAAAGUAUCUCUGGACUGUUUGAAUAUAUUUGUUAAAGCAUGUUUUGUUCAUUAAUUAUGUGUGAGAGUGAACUUUUCCUUAAUUUCUCAGCUCAUGGCCUUACACAAAUGUGUUAAAUGUCAGAAGGGAUUUAGAAACUCAAAUUCUCAUUGGAAACUCCAGAAAGAUGUACAAACACACGUGGAACUGGUGAAGUUGAGGUUAGGUCUUUUCAACACCUGCCUGUAGAUGAAUACAUAUCAAAGUACUCGUCCAUCAAAUGUACCUUUCAAAAAUACCAUGUACAUAAAAUAUAUUAAAAAUCAACAGCUUUUUCCACAUGAGAAAUUCAUAUAAGGAGUCCUUUAGGACCAAAAGUUUGGUACAGCUUGUUCCCUCUGUGUCUCAGUGCUGUAGUAACUGCUGUGUAUCUAUUAAUCUACCAAAUGAAUGAUUGUGAAGUUAAGGAAAAAUGAAAUGUUUGUUGUGAGUUAACACAUUUUUGCCUGGCCAAGAGAUCACCAGUUUUAACUGCAUUAAAAAAAUAGAAAAAAUUAAGAUCCUUGCACAUUCUAUGCAACAUAAGAGGAGAAUUACAAGCAUUGUGAUAAUGCUGUGGAAUAUGUCAGUAACUAUUUUAAAUUUAUUAUACUUUCUGUAUAAAAUUUGUAUUUAUGAAUCGAGUUCCAAUCUUGUAAACUGUAUUAAUAAAAUUAUUAUUAAAAGCA